UUGCCUUUUGUGUCUUUUCAGCGAUACGCCCAACGGCAGGGAUCUACACCGUCUCUUCCGGCUACCACCAUUCCACAACCUUCACGCAGCUCCUUCGCUGAUAUUCCGGACAGGAGUCCUCACCUGCGUAAAACUCUUAUUCCUUGCGCUCCUUCCCAAGAAACCGACUCCAUAACCCCAAAUCGUCCUACAACCAAAGAAAUCUCAGGCUCCUUCACUUCGGCUCCUAAGAGGCGGCUAGAAGAUUCUAUUUCUGAUCCCAACGAACUCAUUCCGAAUGUCUCCUCAAACAAGCAGCACAAACUCACCGACUCAGAGCCCGAAUCUUCAUUCCCAUCUUCAAAAUCCUCUAAUUCCACUGCUGCCUCCACCCGACCACCCAAGGUUUCUCGUAAACUUCCACAAAAACCAGCUUCCCCCGUCCUUACUGAUAUCGGCUGUGGUCGACCAGUCGAGCCGACAGAAGAAGGCUUUGACAGUAAGCGUGCUUCCCCUACUUACACCAAACGUCCUACGUCCGCGGAACUGCGCCCUGCCGCACCCUCUUCAAAUGGUGCGUCGCUUUCGUUCUGCGAGCAAGUUAAUGGAUCUAGCGGUGACAGUGCGUACUAUACUAGCAAUGGAAUUGCUGGCGGUUUUAGCAGCAGCGGUAGCAGCAUAAAUGGGUCAGCUGGCGGCCCCUGUGCUAGAUCUUCGAUGGAAGAUGCCCACACGAACUCUCAAGUCUCCAGACGAAGACCACCCGUGGGCUGUGGCAGCGAGGCGGGCAGUUGUGGUGACAGCAACGUUCCCUCCCCACAGACACCACCCCCUCAAGAUACCCGACCGCCUGGCAAGUCAAUGUUGAGCAUCUUCCCGCCAUCUCACUGUUCGGAUGAAAAAUCAUCAGAACUCUCGGACGAAGAGUGCCUUUACUCGGAUAUUGCUUCGGAAACAGCCGAAUUGGAAAGGCUCUUUCCGGAAAUUCGCGAUUCGACGGAAGCCUCUGCUUAUCGUAACGAGUUUGAAAAUCUAUAUCCGACCUACCUUGAUCUCUACCAGUCAUUCCAAACUGCAUGGGAGACCAUCGAAGCUCUCAAAAUGCGUGUUUUGACUGCACUACGCGAACGCAGUAGCAAUGCGGCCUCGCAGUCUGCUUGUGAAUUAGACGAGUUCAUCAAGGGCAUGCGGACACCACAGCGUCGCGCCGACGAGAUCCGCUUGGCAGUUAUGACCUACAAGCUGCGUCUUCUUAAACAGCGUCUGGCGAUUUUUACGGCUCAAAGCGUCGAGUCCAAAAUGUCGACGACCAACGUUACCGGUUACUACAAGGCCGUUGAUGCUCGUUGA